AUGAAUUGGCCCAAGUUCUGGGGUCAAUUUUGCGAAGCGAUAGACAAAAGCUCCAUCGCACCAAUAACCAAGUUUACCUAUGUGCUAGAGUUGCUUGAACCGAAAAUAAAACGUUGCAUUGAAGCCCUUCCCUUCACCCCUGAGGGGUACAACCGAGCGAAAGCCAUUCUCGAAGACAAAUACGGCACAGAAUCAGAGAUUGUAAAAUGCUACGUGAAGGAGAUUUUAGAUCUGCCUCAUAUUACGGGUACUAACCCACGUAAGAUCGCAGAAUUUCAUGAGAAACUAACGCACUCUGUUCAAGCUCUCGAGACGAUGGGAAUACUAAAAAUGGGAAUAUUACGGUUGAACGAUCACGCCAGAUACAUACAUAGCUAUACAUACUGUCACUAA